GAUGUGUUUAGGGAAGGGAGCCGUAGCCCUCUUGCAGAAGUAGACUUGAAUUUCAAAGGGACGCCUGCUUCAGCGCCGCUUGCUCGCGUUCGCAGCUGACUACAAAUAACCAGCGUCAAAAAUUGUCUAAGGGGAAAUAAUGCUACCGGCGAUUAAUUUUUUGGAGAGACUUGCAUAAAACUGUUAAACAGCGAUGACAAACAUUAGACAAAGACAAUGUUCUGAAGAAAAAAAUUGUGGAGGAGAUUAAUUGUUUUUGUUUUCUUUGGUAUUCCCAGCACACCGGUUCUAAAUGAUAUGUGUUUCACGUGUUUGCGCGCAACAGUGAGGUAGUUACCUUAUCGGCUCGUUACGAACAAUUGAUUCAAGGCUCAGGAUUUGGGGGCUACAGACGGUGGAUGCAGUGAUUAAAAAAACCCGGUGUGAGAACACCGUGGUUUCCAGGGGGAGGGCAUGAAUUCACUCAGUUUUUCUAAGUUGAAUUCCACAUGGAACGUUUGGAUUAUUUAUCCUGCAAUGAUUUUUGUUCCAAUUCUUUGGUUUUUAUCCCAAGCUGGUGCGGCGCCCUCUCUAACGGCUGAGCAGAUGGACAUGGGGGCGGACUGGCUGAGUAAGUUUGGCUACCUCCCUCCAGCAGACCCCGUGACCGGGCAGCUUCAGACCAAAGAAGCCCUGACCAAGGCCAUCAAAGCCAUGCAACGCUUUGGGGGGCUGGAAGAGACUGGUGUCCUCGACCAGGCCACCCUAGGCUUAAUGAGAACACCACGCUGUUCACUGCCCGACGUGUCAGAGGCUGAAGUGGUGGUGGGAAGAAGGAGGCGGAGCCUUGCUCCCCAGAACAAAUGGAACAAAAGACACCUGUCCUGGAGGGUGCGCACAUUCCCUAAGGAGUCAGCACUGCUGGGCCGGGACACUGUGCGGGCACUCAUGUACUACGCGCUGAAGGUAUGGAGUGACAUCGCUCCACUCAACUUCCACGAGGUCGCGGGCAAUGAGGCCGAUAUCCAGAUCGACUUCACCAAGGCCGACCACAAUGACGGCUACCCUUUCGACGGGCCAGGCGGCACGGUGGCACAUGCCUUCUUCCCUGGAGAGCGCUUCACCGCAGGGGACACUCACUUUGACGACGACGAGGCCUGGACCUUCAGAUCUCCAGAUUCCCAUGGAAUGGACCUGUUUGCUGUGGCUGUACAUGAGUUUGGCCACGCCAUCGGACUCGCCCAUACGUCGGCUAUGGAGUCUAUCAUGCGCCCUUAUUACCAAGGGCCAGUGGGUGACCCGCUCAAGUACGACCUACCAUACGAAGACAAGGUCCGCGUCUGGCAGCUUUAUGGUGUACGGGACUCUGUCUCACACACUGUCCGUCCAGAUGAUCCCUCUCAUACCGCAGAGCCGCCUGUCCUACUGGACCUGCCAGGAAACAGAUCCACUAUGCCUCCAGCACAUGACGCUCCUGACAGAUGCACGAGUCACUUUGAUGCAGUGGCCCAGAUCCGAGGGGAGGCCUUCUUUUUCAAAGGGAAGUACUUUUGGCGUCUGACGAGGGAGAGGCAUUUGGUGUCCCUGAGGCCAGCUCAGAUCCACCGCUUCUGGCGUGGCCUGCCAGCCAACUUGGAUGGGGUGGAUGCUGUGUAUGAAAGACCUGGAGACCAUAAGAUUGUCUUCUUCAAAGGAGUGAAGUACUGGGUGUUCAAGGACAACAUCGUAGAGGAAGGUUAUCCACGGCCCAUCAGUGACUUUGGUCUACCCAUGGAGGGUGUGGACGCUGUCUUUGUCUGGCUUCACAAUGACAAGACCUACUUCUUUAAGGACAACCGUUACUGGCGCUAUGAUGACCACCUGCGGUGCAUGGACCUCGGCUACCCAAAAGACACGGCACUGUGGAAGGGGGUUCCGACCCAGCUGGAUGACGCCAUGCGCUGGUCUGACAGUGCCUCCUACUUCUUUAAAGGGAAGGAGUACUGGCGGGUGGUGGGCAGCGAUAUGGAGGUGGAGGCUGGCUACCCGCGCCCUAUUGGCAAAGACUGGCUGGUGUGCACGGACAUGCAGUCAGACUCCCCAGAGAUGCGGAACAACAGCACGGGCACCCGCCUCCCAGGCCAGCACCAUGCCAGCCACGCGGAGAACGGCUUCGAGGUUUGCUCGUGCUCCUCGGACUCUGGUUCCCCCGCCACGCCACGCCUCCAACUCUCGGCCGCCUGGAUGCUGGCGCCUCUGUGGACGCUGGGGAGGACCCUGCUGCCUGCCGCCCUCUGACAGGGGCCUGACCACAGGCCAGUGCCGACAUAAACAUGGACGCUGACACCUGACAUCCAGUGGCCUGUGGGCUUGGGCAGCAGCAGGACAUGGCGCCCCCUGCUGUGUCACGGGGAACUCACACUCUGAUCAGCAAACAUCUUACCUGUCUAACAUGGCUUUUUGGGUUAUUUUUGUUAUCGUUUUUUUGAUUGUUUUUAACGAAAAGUUAUUAUAAUUAUUAUUAUUAUUAUUAUUUGUGUCUAUUGACAUGUUUUUGUGCCUAAAACAGGUUCAUUUUAUGCACUUUGCUUGGAGUACAUGUCCAAAAUAGUUUUCAUUUUAACAUGCAUAUUUUUAAAAAGUUUAUUAAAACUUGUAACAAUGCUUAAUAAUAAUGCUAGCAAUGAUAGUGAUUGUAGUAAUACUUCAAAUGCUAUGGAGGUAGGAGCACAAAUCUGCCUGCAGCUCCCUGCCGUGUGUCUGCAGCGUGGAAGUGCAAGGCACCAUGGGACACCACGCAUCAGUGUCCUCUCAUCACUCUUCAUCACUUCAAGUGCUUCGGCUCCCCAGUCACUCAGUGUUCAUCCGCGCUGACCCAGGCCUUUCUGCUCUGGAAGCACUGACUUUCACGCCUUGCUGACUUUCUUUUGUCAUUCUCUGUUUCCCUCUCCCUGACUGGCAGAGGCCCCUGGACCUCCGCCUAAUUACUGAUGACUAUUCAUUUUUGAAUUAACUGUGUAUGUUUUUGUAAGAAGCAAAGGAUUUUGGAGCAGAGUCAUCGAAGGCAUGCAUGAGGUUAGGUUUCCAGUGCAUUGGUUGCCACAGCUAUAACUGUUUUACGGCUUUGUUUAUGAAGGGGCUGACUGUUUUCUUUAGUUUAUGGCUUUCUAACUCUUAUACUGUCCAGGAAGGAGACUUUUGUACACAUACAGUGUUGUACCUGGAGGCACAGAGAUGUUUAUGUCAGACACCCUGGACCUGCUCAGAGUGCACUCACAUAACAUCUGGACUUACAAAAAAAAACAUUUACUUAUAUACUAUAUAUAUAUAUAUAUAUACAGAUAUAUUUAAGAUGAAAACUUCUACAUCAGUUCCAAAAAACAAUGUAAAUUCCAAGCUGUUUUUUUUUUCUAAGGGGAAAUAUUUUUGUAGAAAAAUAAACAGGAAAACAGGAGUGAAUGGCGGCACUGACGUCU